GGCAGUCAUUUUGAGUUCUGUUUCUUUUUAAGUUUUUAAUCUUUUUAAUUUAGGAGAAUGUCAGUAAAUCACAUACUCGUAUUACUUCUUUUUCCUCUGACCUUCAAAACAGGGUUCAGUGCUGAGAUCUCUGUGUUUGUUCAGACGGGAGAUUCUGUUCAGCUGGAUAUACAGACACAAGAACUACCAGAGUUUGAUGAUUUAUCCUGGAAAACAGAUAAAUCAGAGAGUAUAGUUAGAUAUACAAGUGAAACUAAAAGAGUAAGACUUCACUCUUCCUACAAGGACAGAGUAGAUUUCAAUGAUAAAACCUUCUCUCUGACACUGAAGAACAUGCAGAAGACAGACAGUGGACUCUACACAGCAAUAGCAGCUGGAGAAUCAGACAACAAUAUUGUUACAUACAGAGUAUCUGUUAUAGAUGCUGUGGAGGCUCCUGUGCUGACUAUGAACUCAAACGGGUCCAGCAGUGACUCCUGUACUGGGAACUUCACAUGCAGAGCUCAUGAGCUCAUGAUUGACUCUAGCUAUCAGAACAACAGCUGCUCUAAAAAGGAAGUGACAUCACAGAUCAACACUCUCAUCCUGAACUGCAAUCAGAAAUCCAUCAUCUGUAACCAUAGCAACCCUGUCAGCUGGAAAGAAGACAGAAUAAUCAUCACACAGCUCUGUGACGAUAAUAAAAAGAACAACUCAAAGAAUGUCCAGACAGAUUCAUCUCUCCUGGUGCCAGUAGUUGCUUCGGUGGCAGUGAUCAUUUUGAUAAUAAUAUGUCUUUCAGUCUUUCUGUACUGCAGGUGUAAAAAAGGUGCCCUGGACGAGGUAGUAGAAGGUAAUACAGUCUAUGCUGAAGUUCAGGCUCAAGAAAUGCAGAAUCUCAACAGUGACAGCCAUACAUAUGAUAUUCCAGACCGGGUUCAAGCCCAGACACAAAAGGAAACUGGAGAUAAUCUACCCAACACAACCUACUGCAGAGUAGGACAACACCAAAAAAUCGCCUCUGAAACAGACCAUACAAUUUAUUCCGAGGUGUACAAACAAAAAACCACCCGCUGAUGACGCUUAAAAUAAAACUGUGGCUAAUUGUCACAUGGGGAAGCUGUCACAAGGCUUGAUCUCAAAAUGGCAUCCCACUCUUACUAUCUCAGCCUUAUCUUUAUAUGGUAGAAAUAAUGAGAACAGUAUACUAGUAUGCUAUUCUGAAAUUAAGCCAAAGCUGUCCAAUUAAGGUAUGCUUUCUCUAGCAGCGGUUGAGUAUAUUGGAUUCAAGCAUCCAGAUCCAAAUGGUCUUACUUUUUUCUUUUCUUUUUUUUAAUGAAUGUGAAUUAUACCCUAAAUUUGAUUUUCCACACAUAACCUUAUAAUUUUCAAAAAUAAUCCAACAGUGAAUUAACUGGAGUUUACUGUGACAACUAACCCCACAUGGGAAUUCAGUAUAGUUUAAAUAGUUGGUGGAUAUAUUUACCUCACUUCCCAUGAUCUCAUGUUAUAUUUAACAUUUCAAUUCAAGUGGUAUGAAGCCAGACCAUCUAAUGAAGCACAAAGGCAAAAAUUAUUAUACCUACAGUUUAAAAGCCAAAUCACAAGUCUUUUUCGUGCAUUUUGACCACUAGGUGGUUGUAUCUAAUUUAUUUAUUACUUUAUAUCUUACUUAAAUUGUACUUUUGUUGAUUCUUGGAUUAGUCUUGGAGAUAUAAUUUCCUGAGAUAACCCUUUAAACAAACUCUUGCCCUCAACAAUAUGCUCAGCAUUCUGUGGUGAAGAUUAUUGAGAUGGGACCCAAAUUGUACUAUUUUCCUGAUGAACAUGACUGUAGAUCCAUCAAAAUGCAAGUGUGCAACUCUAAAUGAACCAGGUUUUUCAUGACUGACCAAGAAUAAAUACAAAAGUAGAAUUUACAUAUGAUAACAAAUAAUGAACAAAUUAGCCUACACAGGUGUAAUAUGAGAUAAAACAAACAACAGUAGUCCAUGUACAGUAUAAAAGCACACACAAACAAAACAUGCCAAAAACAAAAAGUAGAAGCUAUUAUGUCAGGAGUAGGUUCAUUGCUGAUUUCAGAUAUAUACCCAGGUCUAAACGUCAUAUAAAAGUGUGUUCAGGUGACCUUACCUUCUGAAGCGAUGUCGUUCUUUUGAGUGGGAGCUUUUCUAUUAUUGGAAUUAACUAUUCGGAAGGAUUUUUUCCCCCCAUAAAUGGCAGCAAUAGUCGAUGAGAGUGAAAUGAUAGUAUUGGGACUGAAGCGAAAGUUUGGUUGAUAAGUCACUUUAAUAGCCGAAUAGAAGAAAUGUUACAAAUAAUUGCACUUGAAAUGUUGGCUAUUUAUGACUUGAUUGUUUGACACUGAUCAACAUAAAAUAUGGUUGUUUUUAAUAUAAUUUUAUUAUGAACAUUUUAUAUUUUAAUUAAGCCACACACAAUUUUUAAAUAAACAGCAGUAGUCUAUCCGCUUAAAUAUGGCUUCAAUGCAUGUUUUUAUGUAAUUCGCCUUAUUUUGCAGUAAGUAGGCCUAAACUAUUUUCAGCUAUUGUUCGAGAAUAGGAAAGUGAAGUAAACGGUAAAACUA